AUGGUUUCAACGACCACAUGUCUAUUCAAUACAGAUAAAACUAAACUUAUUCAGACUACUACAGGUACCAAGGACCUUCAGAUGGCUACGAUUCAUGUCCGUCUACUUUAUCGUCCUGUUACUGAUCGUCUACCGGCUAUACAUAAGUCCUUGGGACCCGAUUACGCUGAGAGAGUUUUACCUUCAGUUGGGAAUGAGGUGUUGAAGGCAGUUGUUGCUCGUUAUAAUGCUGAACAGCUUCUAACACAACGAGAGAAGGUAUCUCGGGAGAUUAGGAAUGCUGUAGUGGAUCGAUGCCAAGCAUUUGAUAUUGCUCUGGAUGAUGUCUCCAUCACUCACUUGAACUAUGGUAGAGAGUUUGCCAAGGCUAUUGAGGAGAAACAGGUUGCCGAGCAGGAAGCUGAGAGGCAGAAGUUUGUUGUUGCUAAGACCGAACAAGAGAGGAUAGCAACAGUGAUUAGAGCUGAGGGUGAGGCUCAGGCAGCUACUAUGAUAUCCAAGGCCCUUAAAGAACAUGGUACUGGUCUUAUUGAGGUUAGAAGGAUUGAUGCAGCACGAGAGAUUGCUGAGACAUUGGCUAAAUCCCCCAAUGUCAUGUAUCUACCCGAGAAGCAGAAUACCCUUCUAGGCCUUGGAUCAGCAGCUCAGGGUGGUGGGAAGUAG